AUGGCAUGCGGAAAGUUCUUCGUUGCUUCCUUCCUCUUCCUGCUCGCCGCUCUCUUGGCCAUCUCCAACUUCCCUGCUGCUCAAGGUGCACGAGCUCCAUUCGCGAGCGUCUCAUCCCCCGCUACAGUCACACGGAGGGUGCUACACAGCUCCAAGACAUGCUCAGACAAGUACGAUACGAAGCUGCAGCGGUGCCAAGACAAGGAAACCGAUUGCAUUAACCGCGCGCGGGACUGGCGGCAGGAGCAGCGAUGCAACGAGAAGCGGGGCGAGUGCGAAUGGGAUGCGAUUGAUUUGUUCAACGAUUGCCAGCAGGACUGCAUUGAGAAAUGCGAUGAGCAGCUGGAUGAGUGCUAUGAUGACAACCAUCAUAACAGCCGCAAGUGCGACAGGAAGGACCAGAAGUGUCGCGACAAGUGCGACUGA